CGAGCAACAACAACACAGCAGCAGCAUGGACAAAACUGCUUUACUCCGAUACUUUGAGAAGACUGUCGCGGAUAACCCUGAGAAAUCACGGGCAAUAGCAGCCAUUCAGACUCUUAUAGAAUACCUGAAACAAGAUUCAGCUGAGACAUUGUCAGGAUUACGAGCCAAUCUGAAGGAUGUAAUCAGCACUUUGACAGAAACAGAGAGUAAUGUAACAUCCAUUUCGUCCGGUUGUGAGCUCUUCCUGCGCUUUAUCACCCUCACAGGAGCUUCUCUAGAGAGCUCGGAUUUCAAUGCCUGUAAAAAGUUGAUGGUGGACAGGGGGAAUCUGUUCCUUCAAAAAGUGGCAACAUCACGACAGAAAAUCAGCAAAUUGGCACAUCCUUUUAUUCUAGAUGGAGCAACGAUCUUGACACACUCACGGUCUCGUGUAGUUCUCCACGUCCUGAAAGAGGCUGCCAAGGCGAAGAAAAGAUUCAACGUAUUUGUCAUGGAAUCGCAACCUGACAAAUCUGGGCACUUGACAUGCAAAGAACUCACAGCAUUAGGUAUUCCCUGUACAGUGAUUCUAGACUCAGCUGUAGGGUAUGUGAUGGAGAAGGUAGACAUUUGCCUGGUCGGUGCUGAAGGGGUCGUGGAAAACGGUGGCAUAAUAAACAAGAUAGGAACAUUUGCGCUGGCAAUAUCAGCCCGGGAGAUGAACAAGCCUGUAUAUGUUCUGGCGGAAAGUUUUAAAUUUGUUCGUCUGUACCCUCUUAAUCAGCAAGAUAUUCCUAAUCAGUUCAAGUAUCAGGCCAAAGUGUUGAAGUCGAAAGCUGACCUUGACAAGGAGCACCCUCUAGUAGACUACACGCCCCCUCUCUACAUCUCUCUCCUCUUCACUGAUCUCGGCAUCCUUACCCCCUCAGCUGUCAGCGAUGAACUCAUUAAACUGUAUUUAUAGCGCCAACUGUAUUUCUUGUGUCUGCUUUUCAGUCCUGACACUGUGAGCAGUUUGAACUGUGUUUACGUGAAAGGACAAAAAUGUCAACUGA